GAAAUUGCCGUUUUGACUUGACACCACGGCGCAUGCGUACUAGAAUUUCUGUGUUACUCAUUUCCUGGUUGAAAUAGUUCGAAUAUUUUCGUUUUUGUCCUCGUUUCCUUCGCUAGCUAGUGAAAAUCAUAAUGUCCAGCCGUAAAACAAAAGCAAAGGGAGCCACAAAGAAGCGUGCCCAGCGCGCGACUUCCAAUGUGUUCGCCAUGUUUGACCAGGCUCAGAUCCAGGAGUUCAAGGAGGCUUUCAACAUGAUUGACCAAGAUAGGGACGGCUUCGUAAGCAAGGAGGAUCUACAUGACAUGCUUGCCUCUCUAGGCAAGACCCCAACUGAUGCGUACCUUGAUGAUAUGAUGUCAAGUGCGCCCGGCCCCAUCAACUUCACCAUGUUCCUAACCAUGUUUGGAGAGAAGCUGAACGGCACUGACCCGGAGGACGUCAUCAGGAAUGCCUUCGCUUGCUUUGAUGAAAACAAUGCUGGCUUUAUCCACGAGGAAAGGCUGAGAGAACUGCUGACCACAAUGGGCGACAGAUUCACUGAUGAUGAGGUGGAUGAAAUGUUCCGGGAAGCACCAAUCAAAAAGGGCAACUUUGACUAUAACGAGUUCACAAGAAUCCUCAAACACGGGAAGAAAGAUGACAAUGAAUGAGAACAUUCCAAUUUAACCUUGACAUAACCACUUCAUGUAAAUUGUGCAGUCUGCAAUGAAUGUGUAUGAGGUGAUUGUUAAUGGAUGUUCAGGCAUAAACAUGAUCUGAUAUUUGAAUUUUUGUUAAGGAUUGGCUUUUAUUUAGCACAAACUUCGGCAUUAUAGUGGUCAAAAAGCAGCAUUUGAUCACCUACAUUUAAAUAUAUGACUAAAAACAGUCGUGGAACAGAUUCCAAUGAAUGUGUGAAAUGGGUUGGGUCGAUAGCUUGAUUUUUCUUCCAAUUAUUAAUGGAUUUUUUUUUUUAUGUGUUAUAAUCUCAGUAGUGCUUUAUAUGUAGAACAUCUUAUUCUUUUGUAUGUAGCUUCACUAAUAUUGUACUGCUGUCUCUCUAAGUGUGUUAAUUUCCCUUAUAGUAAUUCAAAAUUUACCUAUAAAUGUUAACAUACCAUUCCUUUCAUCUUGAUGGUCAAUAUUUUUACGCAUAAAUACAUGAUAUACCAUCUUCUAUUUUUAUGUUGGGACCAGUUUGUUUUCCUUUACUUUGUACAACUCGUGAUCAAAUAUGUUAUUGUUAAUCGUACCAUAAUGGGAUCCUGUUAGCUUGUUCAGUCUUUUAUUAUGUGAUAUAUAUUAUGCAUAUGUUUUUGUACAUACCUUGUAUAUUUUGCCUUUUGACACUGCAUUCCAGACUUUUGUGAUUAAAAUGAGGACCAGAAUUUGUUUAGUGCUACAAUAAAAUUUUGUUGUUAUAAUAAAACAUUUUAGCAAUACAUUGUGAGCAAAUUUACAGCAUUAUUUGAUAUUAGUACAAUGAUCAGCAGGUAUAGCAGUAGUGUAAGGAUUUUACAUCAUUAUCAUAAUGGUCUGUGUCCAUUGAUAGCAAACCAUCAUAAAAAUCAUUUUUGUUUCUGCAUACUAAAGCAUUAAAUGACAAUUGUAUUGAUAAUUCACAGUAAUGAAAACAUUUUCUGAAUUAUUGAAUUAGUUAUAUGUAAAAUGGCAAAUUAAAAUUUAACAUCUGUUUUAAAUUGUAGCCAGCAGUUUUUAGCUUUCAAUCAAUAAACUUAUUUAAAUUAA